CGUUGGAUUCCAAAGUUCCCUCAGAUCCGCAACCGAAGGAAAACCACCGUUUCUGCAACCAACCCCUUAACGCUACUUUGCUCGAAACUGACAUUUUGGAUUUUAAGAUCCAAAUAUCAAAACUGAAACACGCUGCUUCGAGUCAAGGGAACUGGGCAGGCGCCGGCGCAUUGCGUCUCCGGCGCACCAAUUUUUUUUCUUUUUUUCUACUCGCAAAUCGCAAUUUUCAGAAAUCUACCGAGUGUAUCAGGGCAUUAAAUGAUGUAUUGCAAGAAAAAGACAGGUUAACUUUGAAGAAGGUGAAAGGUAUUUCUGAAUGUGUGAUGGUAGACAGAGAUCCAGGGACCAUAUUUUCCAACUUUUUUUAGUGUACACAGAUGAAUGACAGCAUCAGGGCGGUCACUUGAGGGAGUAGGUAGUAAGUUGAUGACGGUGAGCCGAAGCUAAUUAAAAUGGACUUUACUGAUGGUUUUGUAUCAAAUGAACAUAGAGAACUUGUCCACUCUGCAAUGGAUAGUGCAGACCCACUGUCUAUUUCUCCAUUGCAGAUCUCUACUUCUCCAAAGUCCCCAAGUUCACCUGAGGUAGAUGAAAAACAUAACACAAGCAAGGGAGGCUCCCCAGGCAAAGGAAGACCACUCAAGUACGACAGGCACUCACAUUCUCCAGAAGAUGGUUGUCCUCAAAAAGGUGAUUGUUGUGGUGAAGAGACCUUGGGACGGUUGCUUGAUACUGAUGAUAGUUAUCCACUUGACCCAAAUGACCUAAAUUAUAAUAGUAGUGAGGAAUGCAAACAUCCAAGUGCAAUAAAAUCAGCACAGGAUUUUGAGAAGUACAAAAAGAAGGUGACUAUAACAGUUGAGGAAUACUUCGCAACUGAUGAUGUUGUCUCAACUGCCAAUGAAUUAAGAGAACUUGCAAUGCCGAGCUAUAACUAUUAUUUUGUUAAAAAGCUUGUCUCCAUGUCUAUGGAUGGGCAUGACAAAGAGAAGGAAAUGGCUGCUGUUUUAUUAUCUGCACUGUAUGCUGAUGUGAUUGAUCCCCCACAAGUUUAUAAAGGCUUCAGUAAAUUGGUGGAAUCUGCAGAUGACUUGAUUGUGGAUAUACCAGAUACAGUGGAUGUUCUUGCAUUGUUUAUAGCUCGAGCUGUGGUGGAUGACAUACUUCCUCCUGCUUUUCUUAGAAAACAGAUGGCUUCCCUACCUAGCGAUUCAAAGGGAGUGGAAGUCUUAAAAAGAGCAGAGAAAGGGUAUCUUGCAGCUCCUCUUCAUGCGGAAAUUAUUGAGCGUCGAUGGGGAGGUAGCAAGAAUAAAACAGUUGAGGAUGUUAAAGCCAGGAUAAACAAUCUGCUGAUAGAGUAUGUAGUAAGUGGUGAUAAGAAAGAGGCUUCUAGGUGCAUCAAGGAUUUGAAAGUUCCUUUCUUCCAUCAUGAAAUAGUUAAAUGUGCUCUUGUAAUGGCAAUGGAGAGGAAUCGAGCUGAAGGCCGAUUACUAGAUUUGCUUAAAGAAGCAGCUGAAGAAGGUUUGAUUAACUCAAGUCAAAUCACAAAGGGAUUUAGUAGGAUGAUUGACACUGUUGAUGAUUUGUCACUUGACAUUCCAAAUGCACAGGGGAUAUUACAGUCUUUGAUCUCUAAGGCAGCAUCUGAAGGCUGGUUGUGUGCAUCAUCUUUGAGAUCACUUUCAGCAAAGCCAGAAAAGAGAUCCUUGGAAGAUAGUGCUACAAAAGUUUUCAAGAUGAAGGCUCAAUCAAUUAUUCAAGAGUAUUUCUUGUCUGGUGAUAUCUCAGAGGUAAAGUCUGCAGAUGACACUGCUUUAGAUAAUCCAGUUGUUGUUGAGGAUCUUGCCAUGUUUUUGGCCAGAGCAGUGGUGGAUGAAGUCUUGGCUCCACAGCACUUGGAAGAGAUUGGGAGCCAAUUUUGGGGGUUGGAAUCAAUUGGGAGCAAAGUACUUCAAAUGACAAAGUCCUUGUUAAAGGCUCGACUUUCUGGGGAACGGAUCUUAAGGUGUUGGGGUGGUGGUGGUGAAAGUGGCAGGCCUGGAUGGGCAGUUGAGGAUGUCAAAGACAAAAUUCGCAAGCUUCUAGAGGAGUAUGAAUCUGGUGGGGAUGUUAGAGAAGCUUAUAGGUGUAUAAAGGAGUUAGGCAUGCCAUUUUUCCACCAUGAGGUUGUUAAGAAAGCACUGGUGACAGUUAUGGAGAAGAAGAAUGAAAGACUAUGGGGUUUGCUUGAAGAGUGUUUUGACUCUGGACUUAUAACCAUGUAUCAGAUGACAAAGGGUUUUGGGAGGGUAGCAGAAUCUCUUGAUGAUUUGGCUCUUGAUGUUCCAGAUGCUGAGAAACAAUUUGUGCAUUAUGUUCAAAGAGCAAAGGUGGCAGGGUGGUUAGACUUAUCCUUUAGUUUUAACAAAUCAACACAUGCAAGAGAGAAUGGCCCUUGCCAAUGAAAAUGGCUCCUGUUUGUGCAUUUUGGCUUGACUCCAUGACGUACUUGCAACCAUAUGGCACAGAAACCUAUUCUUUCUCGCAUCAUGUUAUACUACUUGCAUUUCUACAUUUUCUGUUAUUCCAAAUCAAAGCAUACAUGGAUGGAAGAUGAAACAGCUACAGAACUUGGAUUUGCAUCAUUGACGGUUUUAUGCUGAAGUUUUGCUAUGAUAUUACUAGGAAGGUUGGAUUUGCACAACUGAGAAUUUUGUGCGGUGGUUGUCCUAGAAUUUGAUCCUAGUUCUUUUGGCAAGCAGGGUAGUUUUGAAUUUUACUAGAAAGUUUUGAGAAGUGCAACACUCUUCUUAAUUUGCAAUCUCAUUUCUUGUAUUAAAGCAUCUUGUAAUGGCAUUGAGCAGCCUUUGGAAGAUGCAUAAUAUAAUGAAUGUAUUGUUACUUUCCAGGAACAUUUGAAAAAUGGUUUCUAAAAGGCAAGUCAUAUACUUGUAUCAUAAAAGAAUAUUCAUAACUAAUGAAAAUUUUUAUUUCAUCAAAAGUUGGAGUGAUUACAAAUAAUUAUUUUCAAGUUUCGAUUGAAGGUUACUUCCUUUUUCUUUUUGACCUUAAUGCAAGUCCGUUUCUGUUUGCUAACUUAAAUUUAAGUUAUUGCUUCAUCUGUAACAAAAGAAGUUAGAAUCUUAUAAAUGUUGAGAUAUUGA